AGGGGGAAGAGAAGAAGAGAAGUGAAAAAUUUGACAAUGAAAGAAAACAAAUCAUUUAUAAUUAAGCAGAAAAUAUCAAUUGAUUAAAGCAUUAAAAUUGUUUGAGAUAAUGACAGUGAUAAUAGGAAGUGAGUGAGGUGAUUAGAAUAAUCCUCUAGUUAAAGAUGGCGCUUCUUCUGUCCAUUUUUUAAGCAUCGCCUCGCCAAAUCAUCUACUGCAGUACAUCUCCAACUUUAAAGAGGACUAACUGAGGUUUUUUUUUAUUACUUUUUGCAGUAAUUUUUACUUUCUUGGUCUACGUAAUGGCGGAACUAAAUACUGUUGGUGAUACUGAGAAUGAAGAUAAGAAAUCUUUACAAAUUUUUACUGUUGAGGAAUUAAGGAAAUAUGAUGGAACUAAUGACAAAAAGCUUAUAUAUAUUGCCCUUGUUGGCGAUGUAUUCGAUGUAACUUCCGGUGAAAAAUUUUAUGGACAAGGUAAUUUCAUUAAUUAUAGUUUUCAUCUUGUAUUUCUCUCUUUUUUUUCAUUUGCGUGUGUCAUGUUUUUUACUUUCUCUCUCUCUCUCUUUCUCCCUGUACGCACAUCUCUGUCCAUCCACCAAUCUAUUUAAUUACUCAGGAGCACCGUACUGUAUGUUUGCUGGUCGAGAUGCUACAAAAGGUCUGGGUACUUUCAAGUUGAAAAAUUUAGACGAUGACGAUUGGUCAGAUCUAAGCGAAAAACAUAUGGAAAAUGCUCAAAGGUGGCACUCUCAAUUUAAAGUAAAAUAUCCAAUAAUAGGAACACUAAAACGAGAUUUUAAAAAGAAAACGCUUAAUAAUAACGAUGAAUUAAAAUCGGAAGAAAAAAUUCAAGAAUCAAAGAAGAAUACGGCGAAUAGAGGAGGUCGUCCUGCUACUCCAAUGCCUAAAAAAGAAUCUCGCUUCUGUUUAAUAUUAUAAUGAAAAUAAAUAACUAGUUCUUUAAUUAAUAAAGUCAGAUACAUAGUAUAAAAUGUUAAUCUUCUUCUCAUUUAAAGGUAGGAUAUAGCCUAUCCUCCCUAAUAAAGAGACUAAACAGUUUGUUAUUCAUCAGUUUUUCGUUGUUAAAUAACAAUAACAAUAAUACAAAUCUGGUUCU